AGUUUUUGUUUUGGAGGGAUAGGAUAACCACUAAACCCCUUUUGGCUACGCUUAGGAAAUUCGGUGACUGUAGUUUGCUUAAAUUGGUUGCACUGGGGCAUUAAGUAAUUUUUUUUUCAGACAAUGAGAUCUGAGGCAAGUGAUGAUUUCAACCCGCCUUCCUCCAUGUAAUAGGUACCGGCCCAUUUGGUACCGGCCCACCGGGCAUUUGCCCAUAUAACCAAUCUGCCCCUGACCCCAUCAGAAUUUAACAAAUCUAUAUUCAACAUGACUGCCAGCAAAGCCUCUGAAUGCAAUGGCAAUGGUAUCCUCACUGCCCAGAUCUUCUAAAACAGUGCAAAACCACAACAAGCCAACCUCUGUACUACACGAACUGAUCUGCAAAUGUUGGCAAGAAGAAAAAUUAAAUUUGUUCUAAAUCAAGACAAAAGAAAAAGUAAAGUACCCAAAGCAAGAUGGCUGAUAUAGAGCAUGAGUCCAGUCUUGACCUGGGAAAUGUAAUAAAACAUGAGAAGAAAGAAAGUCUUAAUGAAAUAUGUUUGAUAAAACAGUCAUGUGAACUACAAGACAUGAAAUUGUCACAUGUAAAAAUUGAAAAGACUGAAGGAGAUGAAGUAACUUUUUCUAUGCAGCCAUUUGAAAACUACUGCCAUGGUCAAACUUAUAAUGUAAUCCCGGGACGUCAGGCAGAUGUUCUAAAGCAGGAGAUAAAAAUGUCUUGUACUACUGAAAGUGAUGACCCAUUGUCCUUAGCAUCAAGACUACUGGCUAUGUCAAAGAAGGCAGACAGAAACUUUUAUCCAGUGCCCAUCAUUUUGCCAAACUUAAAACUGACUGGACACAUACCUCUCCCAGAGCUGCCAUUGAGUGAGAUAAAAAACAUGAGGCAAGAAGAAGAAAUGACUUCAACAAAUGUAUUUCUAAAUGCAAUGCAUAAUCAUAUGGAACCAAGCCUAUCCAAUGAAAUUAUUUCAGAUAAGAUCAAGAAAUCUACUUGCACUGAUAAUCAUCAAAUAAAUAAACUUUUCACUUGCCAAAUUUGUCAAAAAAGGUUUUCUAGCUCUAAAAUAUUACAAAAUCAUGAGUUGAUUCAUACUGGUGAAAAACCAAAUAAAUGUCAAAUAUGUCACAAAGGUUUUUCUUCAUCUAGUUAUUUGAAACAACACCUACUGAUUCAUACUGGUGAACAACCAUUUAAAUGUGACACUUGUGGAAAAGGAUUAUCUUAUUUUUCAUCUUUGAAACAACACCAGCUAGUUCAUACUGGUGAAAAACCAUUUAAAUGUGACACAUGUGGAAAAGGAUUAUCUAAUUUUUCAUCUAUGAAAAAACACCUACUAGUUCAUACUAGUGAAAAACUAUUCAAAUGUCAAAUAUGUCAGAAAGGAUUUACUCAUUCUGAUUAUUUGAAAAAACACCAACUUGUUCAUACUGGUGAAAAAACAUUUAAAUGUCCAAUAUGUCAGAAAGUAUUUUCUAACUCUACUCAUUUGAAACAACACCAACUAAUUCAUACUCGUGAAAAAACAUUUAAAUGUCAAAUAUGUCGGAAAGGCUUUUCUAACUCUACUCAGUUGAAACAACACCAACUAACUCAUACUGGUGAAAAACCAUUUAAAUGUCAAAUAUGUCAGAAAGGAUUUUCUUACUCUACUCAUUUGAAAAAACACCAACUGAUUCAUACUGGUGAACAACCAUUUAAAUGUGACACAUGUGGAAAAGGAUUAUCUUCUUAUUCAUCUUUGAAACAACACCAACUUGUUCAUACUGGUGAAAAACCAUUUAAAUGUCAAAUAUGUCAGAAAGGAUUUUCUAGGUCUAGUCAUUUGAAACAACACCAACUUGUUCAUACUAGCGAAAAACCAUUUAAAUGUCAAAUAUGUCAGAAAGGAUUUUCUAGGUAUAGUUAUUUGAAAGAACACCAACCAGUUCAUACUGGUGAACAACCAUUUAAAUGUCAAAUAUGUCAGAAAGGAUUUUCAUCGUCUAGUUAUUUGAAACAACACCAAUUGAUUCAUACUGGUGAACAGCCAUUUAAAUGUCAAAUAUGUCAGAAAGGAUUUUUGAAGUCUAGUAAUUUGAAACGACACCUAAUUGUUCAUACUGGUGAAAAAAACAUUGAAAUCAGCGUUUUCCAAACUUUUUUGUCUCGUAGACCCCCUGUCAUGUUUUCUAGUUUUUGGUAGACCCCCUGCUUAACUUAAAGUUUUUGCAAAUUCAUCAACAUUUUAAAAAAGUAAUUACUAACUGUAGUGAGCUGAGAAGUGAAAAAGUAAUUUGAAGCUAUAUAUUAAGUUAUAGAGAUCUAUCAUUCUUAUUGACAAAAUUCAAAUUUAAACCAAUUAAAAUAAAAAUUAAUUAAUAAUCAUUGCUGGAAAUGUUGUUGAUUGUUCUUUGCAGGCUUAAUAUCCAUACAAAUGAUAUUCUAAUUCAUAUAGGAAUUUGUUGUUCUAUGAAGUAGUCCUUCAAACAUUAAAUAUUUAUUAAUUUGCCUAAUGUGUAUCAUUGUUAAAGUUUUCGCAGAGCUUAUUGCUCCUAUAAUUGUUGAUGUUUCAUGUGUGGAUCAAAUAUUGAGUCAGUAGAACUGUUUUCAUUAACAGCAGAAGGGUCGAAGGUGAGUAACUGGCUCCUUAAGCAGUAAGCUUCAAGCAGGAAGGUCACAUUAACCUUGGCUUGCUUCACGCUGAAAACUGAAUUAAAAACUCACUGCCUUGCAACUAUACCCAAACAUGGUAAAUGUUUUCUGUGUCACCCCAAUAUUUCUAAUGACAGAUUUCAUGUUUUACAUAAUUGCUAUUGCAAUGGAUUGUUUUGCAUUAGAAAUGUUAAAUCUUUUGAAACAAAGCUUUCCAAUUUCUACAAGCAAGCUAAAGAAAGCAUAUUUUGUUGUUUUCCUUUUCUGAAAGGUGAAACUAUUUCUAGUGAACUGAUUAAAAGUACAACACUUAUUAUUAAUUGUGCAAUUUAUAAAAGCAAAUUUUAAGACGUCAAGAACCAGUUUUCAAUACCCUUGGCUCACCAUUUAGCGCAGAAGCUUAUUCAGCUCCAGAGGACAUACUUUUAAACAAAGAUAAGUUCCAGUCAGUACUUCCACUGGAGUCUUAUGGGUGCCAGAAGCUGUAUUUCCACACUUAAAAAAACUUUUCUGCUCUUCACACUAUUUGGGUACAUAUACAUCUGUUCUACUUCUUCGUUCUCAUUUUACAUGUUGCAGGGUUCAGAUCAGUAAUCUUGUAUCUGAGAUGAACUGCGCAGUCGUUUCCAGAUCAGGCAGUUCUCCAAAUAGUUUUUGUUCUAUAGGAGGGUUUUGUGGCCAGAGUCUUGUUCGGGUCUCCUUGAUUUAGUAUGCAUAGUUUAAGAACAUGGUCAGCAUUCUCCGGAGUUUCUCCACAAGGGCAGGUUUCGCUCAUCCCGACAUUAAAUUUGCGGAACAUAUAUUGUCUCAAUGAGUGAACAAGCAUUUUUUUGUUUAAACUAAGAAAGUAUAGUCAAUGAUCGACGUUGACUGACUGUAAUUUGACAGCAGUCACAAGGGUAAAAACUAGUAAGCUAGUUCCACAUUUCCGGAUCAUUAUGCACAAGUGUAAAAACUAAAAUACUGCACAUUCAGUACAACUGUAUAUUUAUGGGGAUAGUAUGAUAUAAAAGACAACAGUAAUUUAAAAAAAAAAUUGUAAAUUAGUUUAAAAAAUUGCGAACUCUUGUUGUAAUUCCUCAAGGUGGUGUGUGGAAAAAAAAAAGAAACGUGAAUAUAAUACAGUGUAUAUAUAAAUUAAAAGGCAUUCUACAAAGUUA